GUCAUAAAUGGCGUAUUGGGUAGAAUAUGGCCCAACGUGUUGUGGACAACUUACAAAACGACUAUCUCAUCUGUAGUAUUUGUCUAGGACGUUACAACGAUCCCCGGCUUCUUCCCUGUGGACAUACUUUUUGCAGACAAUGUCUUUCUGAUCAUAUAGACCAAUCAGUUCGAAGUGCAAAUGCGGAUCAUUUCAAAUGUCCAAACGAUCGUGGAGACGUCAGAAGACCAGGACCAAACGUACCUCUUCGUGAAUGGGCUGACAAAUUUCCAGUGGAUACUUUCAUCUCAAGCCUUCUUCAAGCUGUUCAACAUCAUGAACAGGGGCCACCCUCUUCAGAGCCAGAGGUCAAUGCCAGACCUAGAAGAGGUCCCGUAAAUCCUAGAUCCAGGCCACAACAAACCCAAAGGCGAGGAAGAGGUCCUCAACAAAACCCACCACCACCUCCACCUCAGCAUGAAAGUAAUGGACUGACAUGCUUGGAACACCCAGCAAGACAACUAGAAUUUUUUUGCCUGGGAUGUUCGAUUCUUAUUUGUUCCCACUGCGCAGUUCAAAAUCACAGACGUCCCAGAUGCGAAUGCUUGUCUACUGAAGAAGCAUUGAGAAGAUUAUCACCAAAAUUAGAACAUUUAAAGACCAAAUUCCAAAAUCAGCUCUCGUACAUACAGGAUUUGAAUAGAAACGGAAUGCCCUUCGAUGCUGAACUGGAAAACAGCAAAGCACAAGCCUUUGAUUAUUUGUCUACUGUCGAAAACAAAAUCAGCGAAUUUACGCAACAGUGUCUUCGUGAAAUUGAAAAUUUAAAAUCUACGGUGAGAGAAACUGGACAAAAUAUACCGAGGGAAGAUGGCAACAUGGCUUCACUGCUAAACAGACUACAAGAAACAAGGCAAGGUUAUGAAAGCAUUUUCAAUGCUCCACCAGGUGCAAGUUUUUUAAGGAAUUUAAACAAGUAUGAGGUGCAAGCUGAUACAUAUGAAUCCGAAAUAGAGAGAGCGGUCUCUAAUAAUCCUGUACCCCAGGUGGAUCUUGUCACUAACGCUGCAUUUCAAAACUUUUUAAGAAACCCACCACCAGUUGCCCGCAUGGAGAUCAAAGAGCUUACGACAGCGAGGCAGCCCCGGCAGCAAGGAAGAAGAGAGGCUACAUUUACCAUGUCCAACGGGCGGAGAAACCGAUCUUCACGAUAAUUUUUUUUAAUUUCAUAUUGAAGUUUAAUUAUCAAUUCUUAAUAUCGUCUCUCCCUUCAUUUAAUAUUUUAAAAAAUGAC